GGCCAAUGGCUUGGAUACAACAUCCUCCUGGCGAAGUCAAUUAGGCGUGACCUUGAGAAACCUCCAUGUUGGCGUUUCAAACUUUUCGGUAUACUUUCUUUUGACGUCCCUCUUUCAUCACCUCUCUCGUUUCAUCGUCGUCGGUUUUGCCUCAUAUUAUCUGGCCAAAAGUUGAGCCGCUUACACUUCUUUUAUACGUCAACUACGUGCUGUUCUAAACCACAACUCAUUUAAAAACCAUAAUUGCCCCGCGAUAUACGCCGAGGGCUAUUUUUUGAUUUAUCGCUCGCAGCCAGUCAUCGGUGCUGGUGUUGGCGAAGCUCUUUUAGAGCCAAGGGCGCGAUCUAGUGGGAGGUGAUUGCCCACUGGGUUUUUAUCUGAGGUCCCUCGGCCAUGAGCUUGCCUCUGAGCGCGGCCGGCAAUGGAGGAGCACACACGCAGCAUUCUCUACCGGCAUUGCCGGCCCAUCUCCAGUCCGACACCCAGAUAACCGCCCAUCUCGCAAGCCGGUUCCAUGUCAACCUCCCGACGACCAAUUUGUCUUCCUAUGGCGUUGUAGCCUUGAACACGUACACGUCGUCCACAAAGGGACCAGAUGGCGGCAGGGAGGGGAGCGCCAUGGCGGCGGCGGAAGAUGUAGCUGACCGUGCAUGGCUAAGACUGGGGAACCGGUCUGAAAACCAAGCCAUUGUGUUUCUGGGAGAAUCUGGCUCUGGAAAGUCUACGAAUCGAAACCAUACCGUUACGGCACUUCUGAAGAAAUCGUCCACGCCGUUAUCCACAAAAACGUCCCACGCAGUGUAUAUUUUCGACAGCCUUACCACGACAAAAACCGCCACGACUCCCAAUGCAUCGCGAGCCGGUCUCUUCCUCGAGUUACAGUAUGACACGUCUGCAUCUACAAACCCGACUCUUAUUGGUGGAAAGCUGCUGGACCAUCGACUGGAGAGGAGCAGAAUCACUGAUGUUCCUACUGGCGAGCGCAAUUACCAUGCACUGUACUAUCUUGUGGCUGGUACGAGCGAUGCUGAAAAGUCCCAUCUCGGAUUUGACAAUGAAAAUGGCAGCAAACGGUGGAAGUUUCUUGGGCACCCCACCCAGCUCAAGGUGGGGAUCAACGACGCUGAUGGCUUUCAGCUCUUCAAGACCGCCAUGAGGAAGUUGGAAUUCACUAAGAAUGACAUUGCCGAGACUUGCCAGCUUCUUGCUACUGUUCUCCACAUUGGCCAGCUAGAAUUCGAGACUACCAAUAAUACGAGUGUCACUGGGGAUGAUAGCGGUGGCUUCUCUCACGAGGGAAGCAAUGCUGUUACCGCUGUCAAGAACAAGGAGGUGCUUGUCAUCAUCGCUGCCUUCCUCGGUGUCAGCGCUGCUGAUCUACAGACCACUCUGGGGUAUAAGACUAAAGUGAUUCACAAGGAGCGAGUUACUGUUAUGCUUGACCCCAAUGGUGCUCGCGCUCACGCAAAUGAGCUUGCUAGGACUCUCUAUGCACUUUUGGUUGCCUGGAUCGUCGAGAGUAUGAACCAGCGCCUCUGUGCCCCUGAAGAGAGCAUCGCCAACACCGUCUCCAUCGUCGAUUUCCCUGGUUUCGCCCAGCAGGCAGCAACAGGUUCCGCGCUUGAUCAGCUUCUUACCAAUGCGGCUACCGAGGCCAUUUACAACAUGACCCUCCACAACUUCUUCGACCGCAAAGCAGAAAUGUUUGAAACUGAAGAAGUCACGGUAUCUGCCACUAGCUACUUUGACAAUACCGAUGCCGUCAAGGGUCUGUUGAAGCCUGGGAAUGGCCUUCUGAGCAUUCUUGAUGACCAGACGCGGCGCAACAGAACCGACAUGCAGCUUUUGGAAAGCCUCCGCAAGCGCUUCGAGGGGAAAAACCCUGCCAUCGAAGUUGGUUCCGCAACCGCUAAGCUACCGGGCAGCAACUUCCACACCGAGAAUUUGACCGCAAGCUUCACCGUCAAGCAUUUUGCCGGUGAGGUUGAGUACCCCGUCAGGGGCUUGAUCGAAGAAAAUGGCGAGAUCAUCUCCGCUGACCUCAUGAACAUGAUGAAUGGCACAAAAUCCGACUUUGUUGCCAAGCUUUUUGGCCAGGAGGCUUUGCAAACCGUCACCCAUCCGCAGGAGCGCACAACUGUGGUACAGGCCACCAUUAGCUCGAAACCGAUGCGAGCGCCUAGUGUCAUGGUCCGGAAGGGCGCUCGUCCUAGGCUCAAUGCUGCAGGCCGGCGCCAGACGCAAGAUAACUUCGAUCAGAUGUCACAGGACAGCGAUUCGCGGGAACCCAAGCGCGGAGCGCCCAAGGGAGGAUCAGAACAAGGUGCAUCUGGCCAGUUUCUGUCGUCUCUUGAGAAUGUGCAAAAGGCUGUCACAGACCCCGGUACCAAUGCUUACUUCUUCUUCUGUCUCAAACCCAAUGACCGACGAAUCGCCAACCAGUUCGACAGCAAGUGUGUACGGACGCAAGUCCAGACAUUUGGUAUUGCCGAAAUCAGCCAGCGGCUGCGCUCUGCUGAUUUUAGCUUGUUCGUGCCUUUUGGCGAGUUUUUGGGUAUGGCAAAUAGUGAAGCCCUCCUGGUGGGUAGCGAGCGCGAACGAGCUGAAGCGGCCAUUGACGAAAGACAAUGGCCUCGCAAUGAAGUCUCGGUUGGCGCCACAGGUGUGUUUUUGAGCGAGCGUUGCUGGCUGGAGGUUGCCCAACUGUCUUUUCCCAGCGGAGCAUCAGGUCGUGGUGCCAUGUCCGCAUUUGACAGCGAAGGAGGCGAUGGUCUCACCCCCGGCGACCAUCAUGCCUUUGGCGCCUCCAAAGAGCGGCUCUUGUCUGCUGGCCAAACGCCUCUCGGCUAUGGCGAGAAAGGCCGGAGCGGAUACUUCGCUGACGAUGCCCGUUCUGAGGCGGGCGCCUCAGCAUUUGGUACUGGAGAUAUGUUCAAGAAUCAUGACACUCGCGCGCAGAUGGCUGAGAGAGGCAACGAGAAAUCUAUGGUCGAGGUUGAAGAGUACAAGGAUAGCCCCAGCCGUAAGCGUUGGCUAUUCGUCGUAUACGCCCUCACUUGGUUCAUCCCUGAUUUCCUCAUUAGGCUGAUAGGCCGGAUGCCUCGAAAAGAUAUACGUAUCGCCUGGCGGGAAAAGUUUGCCAUUAACUUGUUGAUUUGGUUCUCUUGUCUUGUCGCCGUCUUCUUUACUGCCAUCUUCCCCAUUCUCAUCUGCCCAACUCAGCAUGUAUACAGUGCCGCAGAACUUUCUGCAUACAAUGGGAAGGCUCAUAGCAACGGCGCGUAUACUGCCAUUCGUGGCAUUGUCAUUGAUUUAGGCGCAUUUAUUCCAUCUCACUAUCCCCAAUCGUUGAUAAAGCAGCAGACUCUUGAGAGUUACGCUGGCAUGGACAUUACUUCUCUAUUCCCCGUCCAAGUCAGUGCACUCUGCGAUGCCGUUGGUGGCCCGGUCGAUAAGGCGGUGACUCUUGAUUAUAAAACGACAAACUUCACCGGAUCGCCUGCUCUUAUUAGCAACACUGACGCAAACGCCAAGUUCCAUGAUUUCCGUUACUUCACCAAUGUUAGCCAGCCUGACUGGUUCUAUGAGCAAAUGUAUUACCUCAAAUCCAACUUUAAGAAGGGUAACAUUGGUUAUACCGCUAAAUACGUGUCGACACUGGGCAAGAAAUCGCAGAACAUUGUAAUCUUGGACAGUAAAGUCUAUGACAUGACUACUUAUCUCACUGGAGGCCGCCACCUACGAGCUCCGCCGGGUGAGAAACCCCCAACAAACCAGUCUCUUACUGAUUUUAUGGACUCGUCAGUCACGGCCCUUUUUCAGUACAACCCUGGUCAAGAUAUCACGCAACACUGGAAUGCUCUCAAGCUCGACGCCACCGGUAAGGCUCGGAUGAAGCGUUGUUUGGACAAUUUGUUUUAUGUCGGCGAUGUCGACACCAGAAACUCUGUUAAAUGUCAAUUUGCCGAAUAUCUGGUUCUCGCCAUUUCAAUCAUGCUUGCCUCUGUCAUUGGAUUCAAAUUCUUCGCAGCUUUACAAUUCGGUGGCAAAAACUUGCCUGAAGGUCUCGACAAAUUCAUCAUGUGCCAGAUCCCCGCGUAUACGGAAGACGAAGAAUCCCUACGCCGUGCCAUUGACUCUGCUGCUAGGAUGCGAUAUGAUGAUAAACGUAAAUUGCUGGUUAUUAUUUGUGAUGGUAUGAUUAUCGGUCAGGGCAACGACAGACCAACUCCCAGGAUUGUCCUCGAUAUUCUUGGCGUGUCUGAAUCUGUCGACCCCGAGCCUCUAAGCUUCGAGUCGCUAGGCGAAGGUCUGAAACAGCACAACAUGGGCAAAGUAUACUCCGGUCUCUAUGAAGUGCAAGGCCACAUCGUACCAUUCUUGGUCAUUGUGAAGAUCGGCAAGCCCUCCGAGGUUUCGCGUCCUGGCAACCGUGGCAAGAGAGACUCUCAGAUGGUGUUGAUGCGCUUCCUGAACAGAGUCCAUUACAACCUUCCCAUGAGCCCUAUGGAGCUGGAGAUGUAUCACCAAAUUCGCAAUAUCAUUGGCGUCAACCCAGCAUUUUACGAGUUCAUGUUCCAAAUCGAUGCCGAUACCGUUGUCGCCCCAGACUCCGCCACCCGUAUGGUUGCCGCUCUCAUCAACGACACGAGCACCAUUGCUGUGUGCGGCGAGACGGCCCUGACUAAUGCUAAGGGGUCGUUCAUCACCAUGAUCCAGGUUUACGAGUACUACAUUUCCCACAACCUUGCCAAGGCCUUUGAGAGUUUAUUCGGCUCUGUCACUUGUUUGCCUGGUUGUUUCUCAAUGUACCGUAUUCGUGCUGCUGAGACGAAUAAACCACUCUUUGUCAGCCGUGAAGUUGUUGAGGCUUACUCUACCAUUCGAGUCGAUACGCUGCACAUGAAGAACUUGCUGCACCUGGGUGAAGAUCGUUUCUUGACCACUUUGCUGCUCAAGUUCCACUCAAAGUACAAGACCAAGUAUAUCUUCACUGCUCACGCCUGGACCAUCGCUCCUGACUCUUGGGCUGUUUUCCUUUCUCAGCGACGUCGAUGGAUCAAUUCCACCGUGCACAAUCUGAUUGAGCUUAUGCCUAUGCAACAACUUUGUGGUUUCUGCUGUUUCAGUAUGCGCUUUGUCGUCUUUAUUGAUUUGCUCAGUACCAUUGUUGCGCCAGUGACUGUAGCUUAUAUCGUUUACUUGAUUGUUCGGAUUGUUCAGCAUCCAAGCACGGUGCCCAUCACCGCCUUUAUUCUUUUGGGUGCCAUUUACGGUUUACAGGCUAUCAUCUUCAUUCUGCGUCGCAAGUGGGAAAUGGUUGGCUGGAUGAUUAUUUACAUCCUUGCAAUUCCCGUUUUCAGUCUUGGUCUGCCCCUGUAUGCCUUCUGGCACAUGGAUGACUUCGCCUGGGGUAACACGCGUGUCGUUGCUGGUGAAGACGGUAAGAAGGUGGUUAUUUCGGAUGAAGGCAAGUUUGAUCCUGCAUCUAUUCCCAAAAAGAAGUGGGAAGAGUACCAAGCCGAGCUUUGGGAGACUCAGACUUCGCGUGAUGAUACGCACUCGGAAAUUUCCGGCUUCAGCUAUGGCACCAAAGCUCACGGUGGUGCCAUGUCUGAAUAUGCUUAUCCCAGUCGGCCUGCCUCCACAACGGGCUUCAUGCAGACUGCCCCUCACAUGCAGCCAUAUGAAGCCCGCAACAUGUCCCGCAUGUCUAUGGCUCCUUCAGAGAUGAACCGAAUGAGCCAAUAUGGCGGUUCCCAGUUCUUCUCUCCAGAGGAUAUGGUCGGGCUGCCCAGUGACGAUGCUAUCUUGGGCGAGAUCCGAGAUAUCCUGAAGACUGCGGAUCUGAUGACAGUGACCAAGAAGGGUGUGAAGCAAGAGCUGGAACGCCGUUUUGAUGUUCCUCUUGAUGCUAAGAGAGCCUAUAUUAAUAGUGCUACCGAGGCUCUUCUUUCUGGCCAACUUUAAGGUACUCUCUUAUGUGCCAAGUCGCCAUGCAUUAUACGCCACUUUAAUUUGACGAUUUACUCGGACCCCAGUGGGGACCCACUGUUUUUCUUGGAUAUUUGAUAGAGUUUUUUGCUAUAUGUUUGGUUUCUGGUGUAUCUCACGAACUCUUUUGGAUUUAUUUUGGCAAUGUUCUGCGGAUCCAGGCUAUUCAUAAUGGCCUUCCUCAUUUUGGCAUAUUUACUCAUCUACGCAUCUUUACAUCUAUUAAUAUUUCUUCACGGAUUCAAACAAAAAAUCGAGAAAAAAAAAGAAAGGAAGGAAGGAUAAAAAGGAAACAAUAGCAAGCGACUACCAUACAGCGUCAAGAGUGUUGCAAGCGUUGCAUUCAGUG